UGAGAUUUCUGUUUGAAUAUUUAUGAGGUGUAGUAAAACAAAUACAGCAUUGUUUAUUUCGGGAAAAAAGUUGGAAUUCUGAAAAGCGCCAUAGAAGGGCCGUUAUGAAUCUCCAAAUUCAUUUGCCUUCCGAGUCGUUCCCCAAAUUACCAAACUCCUGCAGCUUAAGUUGACCCCACAAAAUUUGGUUUGGAUGCCAGGUGUGGUCACAACUCCCCGUAGCUUUGACUGUAUCUGGUUGGCAAGGUGGUACGCGUUAUAUAUAUUGCUUUAAUGACUUACCACAAUGCCUUAAUUUUAUCGGCUGAUCUCCAUUGGGAAUAUUGAGCGCUGAAGCACUGACACCUCUCGAUAGGGGAUUUACUGAGAUAGUAUGUAAAUCCACAAAUCCGCAACCUCGCGGACUAUCCUUUGUGCCACGACAGUGGUACUAUUUGCUGGGCAUUGUGACACAAAAAGCCACUUCUUUAAUCGACUUGUACUGGUUUGCGCUCGUUGCUGUGAAGUUGGUUACUAUUCGUCUGUCCGGAAAGCCAUCUUUUCUGAUUACUAAACAUUAUGCGAUCUCUGCCGGUCUUCGUUGUUUUCGGCCUUUUGGCUUGUCAGGUCCUGGCCUGGCCUGAACACCGGACCUUCCAGGAGUUUCCCGAGCUCAAGCGUCGUUUCCAGAGCCAACUGAUUGAAGAACUGAUCUCUCGUCUUCUGGAAGACAAACGGCAAAUGCAACCAGCCUGCGCUGCCGCCGAUGAUUUCUUCUGCUGGGAUACUGGUUGCAAUGCUGAUCUCGGUGACUUUGGAUCUGCAUUCAUCGAGUACAAACCAGACGGGGAUGCUUACAAGUUAUCCAUUGGACUUACAUACUGCUGUAAUAGAGAAGGAUUCUGGGAUGAGCACGUGGACUAUGUGAAGACAGUGGCCAGUCUGUCUGGUAAGCUUCCAUUCAGUUCAAAAACGUUCACCAUCAACGGCCAGCGGUUCAAGAUGACCGUUCAAAAAAUUGUGACUGGAGGUGCUGAUCUGAAGGUAGAAGGUGUGUGCGUUGAAAAGGUGAACUACAUGUAGCAGCGCCCUUCCUUCUCGGAAAAGAUUUGGACACAAGAAUGAUUGGAAUUAGAAACCGUACGGAAAUUUAAUUUUAUUCGUAAUCUGGUUCCCUUAAGAAACCUAUGGAGUCUUGAUAGGUAAUCCACAGUAUCCGCGGUGUUCUUAGUUGGGGGCUUAAUGGACUUUUUCUUACUUGUUUCUAACCGUUUAAGAAUCUCUAACCCCACCUCAAUACCCCAACCCCAGAAAGGCAAUAUUAUGACUGUUUCUAAAGUGGAAAAACUCUCCAAAGUAUCCCCAAACAAAAAAUGCACAAAACUUGUUUUCUUCUUUUUUUAUUUUGAUAUUCGAGAUGUGGUUAAGGUUUAGCACGGUCUUGUUGGGCUGACAUCUUUUUAUCAAUUGUAGCUCAAACAUUUGCCGGAGAAACACAUACGCUUAAUGGGAGGUAACAGUUUGGAGCAACAGAGAAAUAUGGAAAAAAGGGUUCGUGUCUUUUAAUGAUUGUGAUUGAUAAUGAUUUACUAAUUAAUGGUCAACAUCUAAGGCCGAGAACGGUUCCUCUCUAUUAAGUUAACAUUGCCAUAAUUAUUUCAACUUAUUAGGGGUGAAUUUUUAGAAUAAAUGUUACAGAAAAAAGUAUGAUAUACAGUGUGUUGCUUUUAACAUAACAACAGCAGUACCAACCAAAAAUGUAUUAGUAAAAUAUGUGGUUGAAAUAUCUGUAAUGCAGCAACGAUACAGGGUGAAACAUUCACAAGCCCGUCGUGUUUUAUUAGGUCUUUCUGUAAUUUUUUUCACACUGUGGUAAGGACAGGAAAAAUUUCAACAUGUUUCUCUUGUGCUUGUUUCAAUCUUAAGAUUCACAAAUCGAGCCCCUUCAGUUCUCCAUUGCGUGAAGACAGCGAUGAAGCCAUCAAGCUAUUGCGUAUUGUUUAGUUUGCAUUGAAAUCCAGGUCAGUCACCUAUACGCUUCAUCUGAUGCCAUCCUCUUAUACGGACAAAGAGACAUAAAACCUCUAAGCCUAGGAGCUAUCCGAUUUUGUCAAGUCAUCGACUACGAAGUGACGAAGCCAGGCUCUUCCCGGGCAGUUAUAGUACCCUCCUUGUCUACGGCACUGAGUUGGUGUAACGGACGACUCCCUCAAGAAACUUGUUCAAUGAGCAGGGGCAGAUCCAGCGGGUUGAGGACCAACCUCCUUCUGCUUAUGACAAUUUUUCAAGAAGGGACCUGGGUCUAAAUGUUGGUUUUAAAGGGGUUUGCGAACAGAGAAUGGGAUGGGUUACGAACAAAUAUUUCCCACGCCUCCUCAAAAACUCCUGGAUCCGCCCCUGAGGUCCUUUUAUAUAUCCACAGUUAACUUCUAUAUGUCAACAGAAAAAGCCCCAAUAACAGGAAAAAUAAAUCCUGAUUUUGAUCCUCAAAACAAGUUUUUCCUCUGACAAUUUGCUUCUGUCCUUGUUAAAACAUGAGUGAGAGACAGGUGAUUUCUGGAGUUAUGGCGUUUUCGUUCUCAGACGGUAAGCCCCAGCAUAUGAUG